UUAUGAUUAGUAGAGAAGUAGAUCCAAGUGAUAAUAAUGUUAUUAUGAUUCCAAAAAAAUCAUCAUUAUCAUCAUCGUCAUCAUGGACAAGAUUUAAAGAUCCAAGGAUUGUUCGUGUGUCACGAGCAUUUGGGGGAAAAGAUCGUCAUAGCAAAGUUCUUACAGUGAAAGGGCUGAGGGAUCGGAGAGUUAGGCUCUCCGUUCCCACAGCCCUUCAAGUGUAUGAUCUUCAAGACAAAUUAGGGCUAGAUCAACCAAGCAAAGUUGUGGAUUGGUUGCUUAAUGAAGCUAAGCAUGACAUCGACGAAUUACCUCCACUUCAAAUAAGGGAUCAGACCGGGUUGCCUCUGACCGGUCUGAGGAAGGAAGAGGAGGAGACGAUGGUGGUGUCUGAUGAGGAUAGAGUGAAACUAGAUGUGCGAAAUCUUGACCUAAAGGGCAAUAGCAAUAGCAAUAACAAUAAAAAUAGCUUCAGCUUUGGCCUUUAUAAGGAUAAUCACUCCUCUCAAUCAGUUCAUACAGAUAGUCACCAUGGAGUAGCAGUACCACAUGAACACGAAGAAAUUCAAAAUUUCAAUGUUAUGGCUGCUUUGCCUUCAACAAUUUACAAUAUGCCAUUAAGUUCACAAUAUUUUUUUCAUCCACAUAUAUAAUUAAACCUAAAAUAUUUGAUCCAAAGAAGUAUAUGCUACAUUUGUUUCCUAUAUUAUGAAAUUUAUAGUCUAAAUAAUUGUUGGAAAUUAAACUUACAAAGUUGGUGAUCAUUUGUUAAGGUUGAUAAGUUAAUGAUAAUUAUA